AAACGGCGUAUAUUUUUGUCUAGUGUAGCUGUCAAAGAGGCAAAAUACAACAACAAAUUUUAUAAACAAUUAAGUAGAAUAUUCAUAACAGCGAACAAAUCAGUAAUUAGACUACUUUAUUAUUAUAUAUUAGCGGUGUUCUACUCAGCCUGUUACAAUCGUAGUCUAUUUCAAAGAUCGCGGAAUGGCUUCUUCGCCGACUAAUAUCGAUGAUGGAUGUCGGCUCUGUUUGAAUCCGUUUGUCGAAAGUUACAGCACUAUCGAAAGCCCUUUGGUGAAGGAACAGAUGGAGAAGGUUUUUAAAUUUCCGAUUGAAUUUAAAAAUGGAUUGAGCUCUAGCAUUUGUCAAUCAUGCUCGAAUACUAUAACUGAUUUCUACCAUUACUCGGAAGAAGCGCGUAAGAAUCAAGAGUUUUUGGAAGCUGAGUACUCUGACGAAGAAGUUGGAACGUCCCAAAAUUAUCCAACAUUCGAAAACCAAAUAGACUCGGAUGACAGUCAAUCGUACGGUCCAAGGGCAAAAAUUUUGGCAAUUGAAUCGAUCUACAGUGAGGAAACAGACAUUCAGCAGGAGCAGGAACCGAUUGACAAAACAUCAAAAAAGGACGUAAGCACUCAAACAGGUAUUGAAGAUUCCUCUCCAAAGAAACCUGCGGAGGAUGAUGAGGAUAAAUUUCUCAAGGAACAUUUUGCGUUGAAUUGCGAUAUUUGUGCAGCCAGUGUUUCGAGCUUCACACUACUACGCAGUCAUUUCGAAAAUGUACACCAUCUCAAAAACGCAUAUGUGAAAUGUUGCAACAAAGUGUUUCACGAACGAAGUACUAUCGUUGAACACAUUCGCUGCCAAAGCCACCAUGUUUGUCUACAGUGUAAGAAAUAUUUUAGAUUUAAAUCGGCUUUAACAACGCACAUAGCCAAUGAACACUUUAUCGGCAAGCACCCUCAUACUUACACCUGCGGUCAUUGCAAAGCGCAUUUUUCGUGUGAAAAGGAUUUGAAUUCACAUAUUGGCGAAUCGCACACUAAAAGCGAAGAGCAGCAGUGUCUAAUUUGUAACCAAAGGGUUCGUCUUCAUCGCUACCAACGACACAUGGAAGAAGUUCAUGGUACAACCAAAGGAAAUAGAAUUGUGCACAAAUGCGUUCACUGUCCACGGUAUUUCCGGGAUAAAUCUUCCCUAAACUUACACAUGAAAUGCAGUCAUCAUGAGUGUGCCAAAUGCCACAAGUUUUUUGAAAGUCAGCUUUUACUGAACAAGCACAUUGUAGCAGACCAUCGCAUGGGCUUUGUGUGCGAAUUUUGCAGUAAGCAUUUCAUAAGCAGAACCCCGUACGAGCUACAUGUGAAACUACACAAAGAAUCGGAAGCUCCCGAGGGUUUGUAAACCACUGAAACAGCACAGAUUGUGUUUCAAGAAUUCGAAAAAGGAAUGUGUGGAAUGAAUGUCUACCAGCUGGACUGUAUCAAUUCCUUGACAGCAGAUUGAGAAUAGCAAGGUGAUAUUCAUACUCGGUGGCGUAAUAGGUUAGUUCUUGUUUUAGGUUAUCAAUAAAAGAAAUCUCAGAAAUAUAGUCAACCUUGUCAACGACCAUUUGAAGAUUCCUUGGAUCGAUUUGCAACUUUGUAGCUCUCUGAGUAAUAAAUCAUUUAUCUUGUUAGUGAUAUAUUUUGAAUGA